CGCAGAGAUAAACCUUUAAAGGAUAAGGUAAUCAAAUCGAUGGUUCAUUGCAGAACUCGAGCGCAGCCACACCAGAAAAAGCAAAGCUAAAAUGGGAAGCUGCACUGGUGUGGAAAGUGAUAGGCUUGAGAUAUUUGAAGUUGGACCAUGCAAAAAUGCUUACGAAAUGGGUCUCUUAAUAGGCCAAAGAUUCUCCAAACUCAUCAAAAGCAGAGUUGCCAGAGACCUCAUUCUUCAAAACCAGCUCCGACCCUUUGCCCACACCACCACCCCUCAAUCAGAAUCACUUCUCAAAUCACUUUUUGAUAACAAUCGUGAAAAAUUCCCCAGGUAUUGGGAUGAACUGCUUGGAACUGCACAAGGAAGCGGUGUGCCUCUUCUUGAUAUUUUACUCAUAAACUUCAGGAAGGAGAUUCUUGCAUUUAUUCCGAAAGAAGGAGCAAAAAGUUCGGACGUGGAUACCUCAGAUGACUGCUCCGAUGUUCUUGUUGUCGGUGAAUCUAUGACCAUUGCGGCUCACAACGAGGAUGCCAAUAUUGCUCUAGUUGGCCACACCUACUUAAUCAAAGGAAUCCUGCAAGAUGGAAGUUUCUUUGUAGGUUAUACAUAUGCCGGGGAGCUUCCCAGUGGUGCAUUUGGAUUCAACAGCCAUGGACUGGCAUUCACCUUGAAUUCAGUACCCCCUGUUGAAGACGAGAUAGUGGCUGGUGGCAUCGGGCGCAACUUCAUUUCUAGAGACAUUCUUGAAGCUACAAGCAUAGAUGAUGCUAUGAAGAAGAUCAAUUCAUCAGAAGUUUCUGCGGGGCAUUCUUAUAACCUGAUGGAAACAACUACCCGCAGGAUUUUCAAUGUUGAAACCGCAUCUAGGAAGCGGGUUUCAGUUUAUGAGGUGGGAGAAACACCUUUCUUCCAUGCAAACAUGUAUCUUCAUCUACACAUUAAUCAGGUACAAGAUGAGAAUUCAAUUAGCAGGCAGAAAAGGGCAAGUGUCUUGGCAAAAGCAUCAAAAGAGGAUUUCCUGUCACUUCUAGGAGAUACCGAUGACGAAAAAUACCCCAUUUACAUGACAGGUCCAUUACUUCACACGCUCUGUACAGCUAUUGUUGAUCUGGAUGAACAAACACUAUCAAUUAUUGCAGGGAAUCCAAAAAAUGGAGAUGUUUCACAUGUUUUCUCCAUCUCCCCAAAAAAAGCUCAAUGACAAACAGUCUAGAGCUUAUUAUUAGCAUGUUUGUAAAAUCAUUUACAGUUGAUUCAAGAGUCCUAAUUAAUUCUAAAUAUAAGCUUCUGUAUACAGUUUCUAGAUUUCAAAAUUGAUUCCGGAUAAAAAAAAGCUAUUAG